CUGCAGCUUCGAGAGUCACAUUGCGUGACCUGUCCUCACUCGAGUCACCCUGGCCUUGUGACAUUCCUUCCUUGCCCCUCUCUCCUUCGGCUGCGCUGCCCAGAGCUCCCAUCACCCUCUCUCGCCUUUGCGCCUUGUGAGCUCCCGCUCGCCUAUAUGAGGGUCGUCGCCGCCUUCGCCAGACAGCUUCUCAUUCUACCCCACCGGCCGGUUCGACGACCUUUUCCCGUCUGGAGAAACACCAGAUUUUCUCACUCCUUCGCCAUGGACUCAAUCAGGGUGCACAACUCUCUCAAGCCGGGCGGCCCCGUACCCUUUGUCCCCAUUGAGAAGGGCAAGGUGUCGUGGUACGCUUGCGGCCCGACUGUCUACGACCAGAGCCAUCUCGGCCAUGCGCGCAACUAUGUCUCGACCGACAUCAUUCGUCGCAUCUUGAUGCACUACUUCGGUUUCGACGUCAAGUUUGUCAUGAACUUUACCGACGUUGACGACAAAAUCAUUCUCAGGGCCCGAAGGAACCGCCUGCUCGAGGUCGAGAAGAAGAAGCAGUACUCGAAGGACGAGAUCGCGAAACUCGGCUCCGACGCCUUCCAGGCAUAUGCAAAGAGCAGCCUGCCGCUUCUCCUCUCCGACGAAUCCAUCUUGGACGCCAGUAACUACAACGCGAGGCGCGAUGCUGCCUACGGCAAGGUGUUGGCUGGCGGUACACUUUCCGGCGAGGGGAAGCCAGGCGACGACGAAGCGAAGCUCAAGAUGCACAUUAGCAACAUGGACGCGGCAGCUGCGGCCAUCAGCUCUGGACAGGUCUUCGGAGGUGCCGACGAGAUACUGCUGCCGUACCUCGACUCUCUGUACAAGGAGUCGGUAGACACCAGCGACCAGUCAAUGUUCACGGACCUGACGAGAUUCAUGGAGGGAGAAUUCACCGACGACAUGGACAACUUGAACGUCCUCAGGCCGGAUGUCGUUGUUCGUGUCACCGAAUACGUGCCCCAGAUCGCCAAGUUCGUGGAGACGAUAGUCGACAAAGGAUUUGCAUACGAGGCCGAGGGAUCUGUCUACUUCGACAUCGCGGCCUUCGAGCAGUCGCCUGGCAACAAGUAUGCGAGGUUGCGGCCCGAAAGCAGGAACGACAAGUCUCUACAAGAGGAGGGCGAGGGUUCUCUUUCAAAGAGCUUGGGCGGAAAGAGGAGUCCUGGUGACUUUGCCCUAUGGAAGAAGUCAAAGGCAGGCGAGCCUUAUUGGCCUAGCAAAUGGGGCAAUGGCCGUCCUGGGUGGCACAUUGAGUGCUCCGUCAUGGCCUCAGAUGUGCUAGGAGGUCAGAUGGACCUGCAUUCUGGUGGAAUCGACCUGGCCUUCCCACACCACGACAAUGAACUUGCGCAAAGUGAAGCAUUCUAUUGCGAAGGCCAUGAGCACACCUGGGUCAACUAUUUCCUGCACAUGGGCCAUCUCUCCAUUUCUGGCUCAAAGAUGUCGAAGUCAUUGAAGAACUUCCAGACCAUCAAGGAUGCCCUCGCAAACACCUAUACGGCUCGCUCCAUGCGUAUUGUCUUCCUAUUGGGCCGGUGGAACGACGGCGUUGAGAUCAGCCCGGAUAUGCGCCUCCAAGCGGACGGCUGGGAAAGCACGGUCAACAAUUUCUUCACCAACGUGAAGUCUCUUCUUAUUGAGGCAUCUGGUUCAGCCGACACCAGCAGCGGAGAUGUCAAUAAGCUCAGCCUCAAUGGUGAUAAGCCUCAGGAUGCUCUGCUCGUGGAACUCGAGCAGGCCAAGAAGGACAUGGACUUGGCCAUGGCCAACUCGUUUGAUACACCUGCAGCUAUGCGCGUGAUCAGCGAGCUGAUUAGAAAGACCAAUGUCCAUAUCAAAGAUAACGCAGCUGCCCUCGAUCUAUCGAGCGUGGAGGCAGUGGCUCGCUGGGUCACCAAGAUUGUCGGCAUAUUGGGUCUUGACGCCAACGCUCGUCCGCCAUACGAUGGGCUGGGCUGGGCGUCCUCAGCAGCUGCAGCCGAUGUCGAUCCCGCGACUGCUGUGCAACCUUACAAGACAGUAUAUGAGACCGUCUUUGCAAAUGCACAGAAGCUCGACCUUCCAUCGUCGGAUGUCCUGAAGGACCUGCUCGCGCAGAAUCCUACACAAGACUUCGACUCCAUCGUCGCCUCUGGCACUCGGGAUCCGGAGCAGCUUGGCCUGCCGUACGUCCGUGCCGUGUCCAAACUCCGUGACGAGCUUCGCAAAGCCACGGCUUCUGCGUCCCCGGAUGUAAAGAAGGCGAUCCUCGCCCUCAGUGACCGCAUCCGGGAUUACGAUCUUACAAACCUGGGCGUCUACUUGGACGAUAGACCGGACGGUCAGCCAUCACUGAUCAAGUUUGUGCCUGCUGCUGAGCUUAUCGCCGCGAGGGACGAAAAGGCUGCCAAGGACGCAGAAAAGGCUCGGGCUAAGGAAGAGGCCAGGCUCGCCCGCGAGAAGGCCGAGGCCGAGAGGUGGGAGAAAGCCAAGCUGGCCCCGGAGGACAUGUUCAAGAGUGACGACCGCUACAGCGAAUGGGACGGUGAGGGCAUGCCGACAAAGAUGAAGGAUGGAAGUGAGGUGCCUAAGAGUCAAUUGAAGAAGCUCAAGAAGGACUGGGACAGACAAAAGAAGGCGCACACCGAGUGGAAGACCAAGUUUGGCUCUUCGGCUUAGGCAAGAGUCUACGAGAUUCAGAGCCGCCAAGCGAGCGCAAGAGCUAGCGGCAAUACGACGAGGAUGAUACCUUAUAGAGUGAUGAUGAAAAUGAAAAUGGCUGUAAAGAGCACGAGGCUCCUCGGCUUGCCGAUUUCCUUUUAUGUCUCUGAGUCUAGAACAUGCUCAGGACUUGUAUGUAUUUAUGUGGUUCACAUGUACCUAGCACGGUGGAAAGCAAGGACGAGCUUCCAC